CUUUUGCUUUACUUGUCCUCCUCAUCCUUUAAUUAUUCUUAUUCUCUCUGUCACUUGCUUUCAAGAGGGUUUAUUUAUUUAUAACUGCAAUAAACCCUAAACCCAGAUUUCCAAUUCUCUCGCUAAUGCUUUUAUAUUAGCCGCUGUUAAUGUUUUUCUCUGAUUUUCCGGCGGUCUUUUGGUGUUCCAGAAAUUGAGUUUCUUUCAGCUUCAGUUUUGAUUUUGAGUGUGAGUUCCAGUUGUCAUCUCUUUCAAGUGUGUGUAAUUUGGUACCUUGGACGGUAACAGUUCUUUCCUGCUUCACAAGUAUAUGCAUGUGUUUUUGUUUGACGAUUGACAUUCGACUAAAGAGCCAUGGAAAAGGAGAACAAUAUAGCCCUAUCAUCAGCUGGUACUUCUCGGGUUCGGCAGCGUAAACGUUCUAAUGAGGUUAUUCCAGAACCUAGCAAACCAAAUGGUGGAACUUUGCUUGUUGAUGACCGUAACAAGUACAAAUCAAUGUGGAUUCGGACAUACUCUACUGUUUGGAUGAUUGGGGGUUUUGCAUUAGUUGUCUACAUGGGUCAUCUUUAUAUCACAGCUAUGGUGGUGGUUAUCCAAAUAUUUAUGGCAAAAGAGCUGUUUAAUCUACUCAGAAAAGCACAUGAAGAUGAGCAUCUUCCAGGAUUUAGGCUAUUAAAUUGGCAUUUCUUCUUCACUGCAAUGUUAUUUGUAUAUGGCCGCCUUCUCAGUCAACCACUCGUCAAUUCUGUUACUCCGGACAAAUUUUUGUAUCAGUUUGUUAGCAGCCUUAUCAAGUAUCAAAUGGCUAUCUGUUACUUCUUGUACAUUGCAGGUUUUAUGUGGUUUAUUCUUACAUUGAAGAAGAACAUGUACAAGUAUCAGUUUCGCCAGUAUGCAUGGACGCAUAUGAUUCUCAUUGUAGUGUUCACACAGUCAUCCUUCACUGUGGCCAAUAUCUUUGAAGGAAUUUUUUGGUUUCUUCUUCCAGCGUCGCUUAUUGUCAUAAACGAUAUUUUUGCUUAUGUCGUUGGUUUUUUCUUUGGAAGAACACCAUUAAUUAAAUUAUCUCCGAAGAAAACGUGGGAGGGAUUUAUUGGAGCUUCUGUUACAACUAUGAUCUCUGCAUUUGUGCUUGCAAAUAUCUUGGGUCGUUUCCAAUGGCUAACCUGUCCAAGGAAGGAUUUAUCAACUGGUUGGCUUCAAUGCGACCCAGGUCCAUUGUUCAAGCCAGAGUAUUAUACUUUACCAGGAUGGAUUAGUCAAUGGUUUCCUUGGAAAGAGAUCUCUAUUUUGCCAGUUCAGUGGCAUGCUUUAUGCCUUGGUUUGUUUGCAUCCAUUAUAGCACCUUUUGGGGGCUUUUUUGCAAGUGGUUUCAAACGAGCUUUUAAAAUCAAGGACUUUGGUGAUAGUAUACCUGGACAUGGUGGAAUUACAGAUAGAAUGGAUUGCCAGAUGGUGAUGGCAGUUUUUGCAUAUAUCUAUCACCAGUCCUUCAUUGUGCGUGAGGGCAUCUCAGUUGAAAUGAUCUUGGACCAGGUCUUGACGAACCUUACUUUCGAGGAGCAGCAAACUCUUCUCGCAAAGCUUGGGCAGAUCUUGCAGGACAGACUUGGACAUUCUUAAAUACACAGCUUAAUUCUGAGCAAACAAUCAUCUUGUUCUUUUCCCGAGCAUAUGUAUAUGGCGUUAUGAACUUGUUUCCCAGUAAUUUAUCUUUAGACAGGCAUUCUUUAUCCUCACACUGUAUAGUGUAACAUUUAAGCCAAUUAAUCAUUGAUUUAUAUAUACAUGAAAGCUUAGCAGAGAGUUUA